AUGCCAUUUCCCCUUACUGUUCAACUGUGCGACAAGCUUGAAAACCCUUCAGAUGAGCCUAAUGUUAAGGUGGUCCUUAAUACGGACAGAGGAAUUAAGGUGGGAAUCUAAACUUUUGUUAUUCAAUUAAAAUUUGACCAAGCCUUUAAUAGUUUGGUCUCCCUUGAAUAAAUAAAGUUUCAGUAGCCUGCGUAGCAGGCGCUUGGAAGUAGUGGGCCCGAGAAAAAACGGGCGCGCGAGAAGGAGACACGCGUGCCUCCCUCGCGCGCGUCCGUUCUCUGUUUCGCCUACUACUUGCAAGCACCUGCUACGCAGGCUACAGUUUCAGUCGAACCUCCACUAAUGACCACCUCUCCACAACGGCCCCUUUUUUAGUCCCAGCGGACAAUCCGUACAUUGACUUUUGUCUAAACCUCUCAACAACUGCAACGGCCACUAAAGCGUGUUUCCAAGUUCCAAAAUAAGGGAGUUUAAGCAACGAGGACGACGACGGCAACGAGAACGGCAAAAAGGCAAUAGGUUUACCGUUAGAUUAGCAAAAAACAACUUUGCACGUGCAUCACGCUUUUUUGUACAUUUCUCAGCCGUCGUUACACGACUACAACGUGAAAGUGCCUAAUUUCACGUUUUGUCGAGGACGGGAACACAAGACAACAACUUUCCUUUUCUUUUCCUGAACUUUGAUACAAUCCUUCAGAAUUCAACUCCAAAAAAAAUUGCCCACAUCUGACGAAUUAAAGUGACGUUUUCAUAGCCGUCGCCGUCGUUGUUGCUUAAGCUCCCUAUUAGAGACCUUUAGCAUCAGGUAAACCGCAAACCGCGGUUACGCGUUUGCAGUUUCGCGUUGCCGAGAUUUCAAACUUUAGCAAGGCGUUAAGUUCAGUUCAGUUCAUUUUUAUUUAGCCAAAAUACAAUACAAUACAAGAAUACAUAUAGGAAUUGUAAGGUUGCAAGGGAGCUCAGAAGAAACCAGAAGGCUUUAUGAAGCAUGGGCUCCCCAGUCUAAAAGAGAUAAGCAAAAUAAAAUGAUAUUCGUGGAGUGAUACGUUAAAAAUAGGAACCAAACAGAGACUGAGUUAAGUUAUGAAUUCAGAAACACGAUAGAAAAAAAAAAUUAACUCUGGAUUGGAACAGAAUACUUUCCUUUGUUAGUACGGCAGAAAAGAUUUGAACUACGCGUUCAUUGUUUAGGGCCGCCAUGUCGUUUUCAUCAAGUCGAAGUGCAUCACUUUAAUCGCCCAAAACUCAGCAAUAAUUCAUUGAUUCGAGAUCAAAAAUCCAACAAACACAUCGCAAACGGAUACAAAAAGCUAGUUCAUACCUUUAAACGCGAGGCUGUACAAUUUUUUGUGGCAAAAAACCUUGCCGUAAAUCACUUACCGCUGGAAGCCCUUCCUUCGGUUCAAACGUGAACUGCAAACUGCAAACGUGCCCGCAAGGCCGUGGUCACGUGACAUUUUGUGGUUUGCCGUUUGCCGUUUCCCACGAAAAACCUGAUGCUAAAGGUCCCUAUUACCUCUCGACAACGGCCAGUUUUUUCAGCAGGCGAUGAAAAAGUCAAGAAUGGUCAUAAAGUUUGAUACGUAUGACCCGUUGGUGAUUAAUCGCGGCAAUCGUAUUUUGAUUGUGAUCCAUUUAUACUGCUGCAGUAAGCAUAAAUUGUCUACGGUACUUGUAGCGAAUGUUGCGAGCCCUGCUUGUUUUGUGACGUUAACAUUCUAAUUCAAAUCAAUAUUCAAGAUUUUUGUGUAUUUUAUCUCUAUGUAUUAUAUAUGAUUGGAUUACCAUUAUGGAAUACAAUAAGAAUGAACUUAGUAGCGCAAUAAACAUGUUGUACUCCCUACCACACCGUAACGGCCCCUUUCUUCUGUCCCCAAGGUGGCCCUUGUGAAGAGGUUCGACUGUAUUAUGUAAUCUGCGACCUUUCCUUGCACCUACGAAGAUCUGGUCGAAUGAACUGUUUUUACUACCGUAUUUUUUUAGCGUUCUAUCGAUGGUACGUUGUGCACCUGACUAUGCAAAUUUAUAUAAAUCUGUACAAAAUGAUGUUUUUCUUGGUAAGAAUCUAAUUGUGGGCAUUUUUAUAAUUUUAUUUUUUUCAGUUGACUCCAGCACCCGCUCAGCAGAAGACGGACAGCAAGGGCCAAGCAACGUUUGGUCAACCUACUGUGAGCGCAACCAAGUAGGUGGAAUAUGAACAUUUCAGUCUUCUUGUGCCCCUGUUCCUGCCUCUUACUUGAUAGUUCUUACCCCAGUCCUUAACGAACGUUACUGAGUCAAACAAAAGCUUUCUUUACUUUGUAUACCAUCUCCUAAUCCUGCUACUGGACAAUUUGAAUUCCCUCUUAAUGGACGCCUCUAUUAGUGGGACACCUAGAGUUGGUCCCUACCGUUCUUCAGUCAUUUUCCUUCGACUCUCAAUAAGAUGGACACAUCUCUAAAAGUUGGUCUCUUUCGUUCUUCAUUCAUUUUCUUUGAUUCUGUGUAAGACGGACACCUUAAAACGGACACCUAGAGUUUACUCCUGCCAUUCCUCAUUCGGACACCUCAUUCGGACUACCAUUCUUCAUAUACUUUCUUUGACUCUUUAUAAGACGGGCACGCCCCUAAACCGGAUACCUAGAGUCUGUCUCCUCCCUUCUUCAGUCAUUUUCUUUCAGUUUGACUCUUUAAGACGGACACCUCCCCAAAAAAGAAAUCGAGAGUCGGUCACUACCAUUCUUCAUUUAUCUUCCUUGACUCUCCAUAAGACGAACACUUCCCUUAAACAGACUCUAAAUGCCGGCAUACACUUGGUGCCGAUCAAAAAAUAUCCCUCAGUCGACUUUAAGAGCCCCAACCUUGGCAUUUCUUAGGAACAACCUCUUCUUCGGUCAUAACUUUUAAGUGUGUAAAAUAACUUGGGGUAACGUGUGUUUGGAAAUCAGGGGAAUGUAUGGAAUAAGAAUCAAAGCUCUUCUUGGAAGAACUGCAUUGGAUGCGCCUACGAUAAGCGUGAGGUAAGUUCUGUGAAGUAGAUCAACACACAUUUCACAAUAACUCAGUGAUUUGGUCGAGAUAUCUGAUUUAUGAGAGUUUAGACCUCUCAAAUGGCUCCAAAUGUCUAAAACUUUAGUGGAACUGCGAACUGCACUCCAGUGGUUUCACUGCAGCGUAUUAAAGAUUUUCACGGUAUCUCUGUGGUCUGUAAGAGUAUGGACAAUGGAAAAUUGUUGUUUAUUCGCCGAAAUAUUCAAUAUUUUGUAUCAACAGCGAUGUUGAACGUCGCAUUUAAAGCAAAAGGAAACGGCAGAGUUCAUGACCAAUUUUCGCGCUAUAAAUGGACUAUUGAAUUCGCUUUUGCCGUUUUUGGAGAUAGCUAUUACAUCGCUUAGGAGUGAAUAUAGUACAUACGUUAGCGCAAGCGUUGGAAGAAGUCUGAUGCGUCAAAGCUACUUGCGAUCGCUUUUCUCAAGUUGGUGCUUUUGAUACUGUAAUUUCCUGUGGUACCUACCCGCCACGACUAGCUGUACCUAUUUGCGAGUAGUUAUAUCUGUACUUUCAUAUUCUUAUGAUAAAGUUGUUGUAGCUGUUAUAUGUUUUGCAUUUCAGAGUGGAGCCUGACCCAUCAAAGGCUGUAAAUCUUAACGUCACGUUUGAUUCUAAUGCGCCGUGUGUCGUUGGAGAGUUGUUACCAAGUAAGUGAGACCAUUAGAUUGACAGUAGUCUAGUAGGACUGUUGCGCAGGCAAGUGUAUCCCAAGCAAGCAAACGGGUUUCCAGUUUUGCCGUCAAAACUUGCGCUUUCCAUCUGCUGGAUUUCCGCCGCUAUCUCGGGUCCGGUCGAGGUCGCAAGCUCAUUAGGGAGCUUAAGCAACGACGACGGCGACAUCAACGAGAACGGCAUAAAACAAUAAGGUUUAGAUUUGCAAAACAACAACCUUGCGCGUGCAUCACCUUUUUUUUUUUGUACAUUUCUUUGCCUUCGUUGCACGAGUACGACGUGAAACUUCCUAAUUUUACGUGAAGACAAGACACCGAUUUUCCUUUUUUUUUCGUGAACUCAGACACAGUCCUUUAGAAUUCAACUCCUUAAAAAAAUAGCCAUCAUUUGACAAAUUAAAAGAGUUGGGAUAAGAGCAAUGAAGUUUGAAACAGCGCGAAUUCACUUUUUGGGUGUCGUUUUCUCCAUCGUUGCCGUCGUCGUUGCUUAAGCUCCCUAGUUACCGAACAGCGACUGAUAAUCGAGUCUAGACUACGAGUAGUCCACAUUUUUCCUCAGGGAUAGUAGAGCGAGCGAAACGCGAGCGCGCGUGAAAAUCACCCCACGCGAGAGAGGCGAGACGGGGCUACUGACGGGUUAAGACUGCAUUGUAGGUCAAAUACUUUGUCUAGUGACUCUGCAUUUUAACCAUUUAAUCCCCAAGAGUGACCAAGAUCCAUUUUGUCUUAAUAAUAUCAACACAUAAUCAAGAGAAACGGUUAUGAGAAUUUAUAUAAUGAUCGACUAAGGGAAAAUGCUUUGAUUUUUUCUCCACUUUCAGCAGCAUCUGACUGAUAUUAGCUAUAGGGAAUUCUCAUCCAAAACGGAAAGUGAUUUGCAAGGGCUUGUUCGAUUAGCACCCUCUGGGAUUUCAGACCUACAGGGUGGCAAUUCUCCCAACUAAGUCUUAAGGCAAAUGUAUGGAGAUCAGUCUGAAGAAUUUGUGGGUGGAUAUCGAGGUUUAGUACAAUUGGCUAUGUCUUUCUAAGCAUUGCGCUCAGCAUUGUGUGACCAAAUUCCAGGUGUUUGGAGAUCUAUAGGAUUUUACUUUAACCUGAAUCUGAGUUCUACCAUACAAAUUCAACUUUAAAGCAGUUUGGCCACGUAAGGACAUUGAUAUAUUGAACAUUUUUACCUGAAAAUUUGAUUGACUCAUUCCGUGGGUGGGUGUUAGCAUAAGAGGUUCAGGUUGGGGGAUGUUUUGUCCCCCAAACAAACCUACUGUCCUGCGUUUCAGCUGUUUCAGCCCAUGUCGUCGGAGAGGACGAGGCUGUAAUGAAAGCAGCAAGUGCUAAGGACAUAGUGUUGAAGAUAUGGCACUCUAAGGAUGGCCCAGUAUCAGACAAGCCGCCAGCCAGGGUAUGUUAUACUAGCCUGUUUUCUUUCACAUCACAUAGUAACUGGGUUUCACAAUACAUACACUGUGAGUGUCAAUAUUCUUAG